AUGAGUAAAAAUGAGAGGGAAUCAGAAGCUGAUUUCAUUGGGAGACCAAAAAGAUUUGAAAGGAUAGGAGCUGUUCGGGAAAGAAACGUGCAUGAUGUGAACGGCCACAAAUUUCUAGCCAGGUUUUUCAAGCAGCCAACAUUUUGUGGGCACUGCACUGAUUUUAUCUGUGAGGUCAAUCCCGAGGACGAGUCGAGGCGCCUGAUGGUUGAGCUAUGGGACUGGGAUCGUGCGUCGCGCGACGACUUUAUGGGUGCCCUCUCCUUCGGAAUCUCCGAGGUCAUGAAGCGGCCUGUCGACUGCUGGUUCAAGCUGCUGAGUAAAGAAGAAGGGGAGUUCUAUUCCAUCCCCUGCCUCGAUGGAAAAGUCAACGCCCUCCUAAACAUGCAUCGUGCCAAAUAUGAGAUUGUCAUUUAUCAAAAUCGCAAUCCUAGAUGUGAUUGUUCCCAAAUUCCUUUCCAGAGUCCGAAUGUAUCGAAGCCAGAGGAGAACGAUUACCGUGUCCAGAGCAAGCAGGACACCCUCCGAAUUACAGACUUCAGAUUUCUGCGCGUGCUCGGAAAGGGGAGUUUUGCAAAGGUAUUCCUGGCAGAGCACAAAAACACCGACGACGUCUACGCCGUCAAGGUGUUGAAAAAGGACAUUGUCAUCCAAGAGGACGACAUAGAGUGCAUCAUGACGGAGAAGAGAGUUCUGGCUUUGCAACAAAAGCCGCCAUUUAUCGUCCAACUGCAUUCGUGUUUCCAGACUAUGGAUCGCCUGUUCUUCGUUAUGGAGUUCAUAAAUGGCGGGGAUCUGAUGUACUGGAUCCAACUUGUCGGCAAGUUCAAGGAACCAGUCGCGACAUUUUAUGCGGCAGAAGUUGCUGUGGGACUGUUCUUCCUCCAUUCACACGGAAUCGUGUAUCGGGACUUGAAGCUGGACAAUGUCCUUCUUGACUUCGAAGGUCACGUCAAACUGGCUGACUUUGGUCUUUGUAAAGAUGGAAUCAUUAUUCAACGGCGAGCCUACGGAACGUCGGCUGAUUGGUGGUGCUUUGGUGUUCUCAUCUACGAAAUGCUCGUCGGACAGCCGCCAUUUUCAGGGGAAGACGAGGAUGAUCUCUUUCAGUCAAUUCUUGAGGUGACACCUUCCUUCCCCAGAAACCUUUCAAAGGAGGCGCUGAGUAUUUGCCGAGGAUUUUUGAACAAGGAGCCAAAUUCUCGGCUCGGCUGCAGCCCAGUUGGUUUCCUCGAGAUCAGGGAUCACGUUUUUUUCCGACGCAUUAACUGGGAACUGAUCGAAUCAAGAGCUGUUCAGCCUCCGUUCAAACCUUGCGUGCGCGACAACCGUGACACAAGUAACUUCGACAAGGCCUUCACCGACUUACCAACAGAACUGUCACCGACGGACAAGCUCUUCAUCAUGAACCUCAGUCAGACCGAGUUUGUGGGAUUUUCGUUUGUAAAUCCGGAAUUUGUGGUCGAGAAUACACCUGAGGAAUAUGAGAAAUUCUACCGAAACUUACUUUCUGGCAUACUUAUUUUCUCCGGACUUGGAUCGCCAACACGCAUCGCAGUCAUCCGGGAAGCUACGGCUACCAAAAUUCACCAGAUUAUGUCAUCCCAUUUAGCCGCUCUAAAGACCAUCAUGCCAAUGAAUGAAGUGCCAACGUUCACCUCUCUGCCUCCGGAACAACGCCAAGAGAGAUUUAAGGGGCUCACUGACAUAGUUCUGGGCAUGCGUGUUUACAAUUUCAGUAUGGGGUUCGGUGGCGAAGGCAUCGACAAUCUUCCAGAGCUACUGGAUCAAACUAUCAGCGCAACGUUGGAGGCAUUGUAUAAGCAACUAAACGAAAAUGAACAUCUCGCAGCAAUCUACACAAGCUUGUACCUCAAGCUGGCGGCGUUUGACGUCUCCACGGAGACAGUGCCGAAUGUAGUGUCCGUUGAAGCCGAGAAGAUGGGCAUCACGAGGAGUUUGCUGAAGGCCGCCACCAUCAACGCCAGGCAACACGCAAUGUACCUACGGCGCCUGCUGGCAGACAUCAAAGAGGUGGAGAGCGAGCAUGCCUCUGAUAAGAAAAAAUUAUUAGAAAUCCUUGGUGAGACUCUGACCUCACUCAGGUCAAAUGUUGACCCGCCUAAGCACUCAGUCCAGUUGUCCAUCGACGUGGCCAAUGUGUGGUGGCAAUUCAGGGACAAUCUGGUAUUCAUCUCGAUGCUAUCUAACCUCCUUAACAGCCUUCAGCCAUUUGGUGUCAAGCGACACGCACGUCUGGCUGAAUCUCAACUCCGAAAACUGAUAAACGAGUCAGAAAUUGUGUGGGACUGUCAGCGGCCGAAUGUAAUUGGAAGGGUUGAGCCCACCAAGGAGACAGAAUCCCAGUGGAUUUUCCCAAAACCCACCUCGAACUUGAAAAUCAGCCUCAACGGCUUUUGCGCGUGGUCAGUGGUCCGCUACCAGGGCCUGCCCAUUCCCGCUAAGAAGUGCCUUGGGGUGCUUAAAUUCAAGGAGAACCACUUCGCUUUCUCGACGGUUGACGCGGCUACGGAAUACGAGAAGUGGUCGGAAAAGUUCACCUACGAGAUAAGCGAAAUCGCACGCAGGAACCCCGAAUUAAUAGAACUAUUUGAUCUACACGCAAUGUUUGACAACGGCAAAGCAUAUUUUCCCGAUGUGAAAGCUCUCGCAACGAAGAAAAGAGUGGUCAGUCGGGAGAUUCAAACGGUGGUUCAUCCCAUUCCAUCCCACAUCGACACGGCGUACACCUGGAAUGAAUGGGAAUUGCGACGCCGCGCGCUGCAUCUGGUAUGUCCAACUAAUGUCUACAUCAGAAAGUGUGUAACUCACAGCGUUCAGACAUACCUGAGUAACUGGAGACGGGAUAAUGUUACGCAAGUUUACCUUCCAAAGCUGGACGGUACGCAAACGAAAAGAGACAACUACAGUCAAGUGCCAAAGCCUUCUACAUUUUUGUAUGGAUUGCGUGGAGGUGUGGCCGUGGAUCAGGCCGAGGGAGCGAAAGAGGCCAUUGCAGGAUCCCCGUACUCCCAUUGGUGUAAGGUUUAUCGAUUGGUGGAUGCAACAAAGGUAGACCUUACGCUUCCCAUUGAAGACCACUUUUGCGGUUCGCUGGACGGACAGGAAAUUCCCAUGCGUUAG